AAUGAACAUCACGCUCCAGUGGCUUCGUGACCUUGCAAAGAUUAUAUUUUGAAAGAGAAUGUAUAUGGAGCUUACAAUGUUCAUUUACUUUACAUAUACACAAGGAAUAAGACAAAGUUGUGAUUCAGGCGUUAUAGUUUUGGUAAAUGCAUGUAGAAUGUAUAUUAGAGAUCAAUGGUAAGGUUUGAACACUCACUAUGUAAUGUUAACUAUUGAUCUCAGACCUUUUAGCAGUCGCAAACGGAAUGAGUAGAAGGAUAUUGUAUAUUGUGGGAUUACAUGGGAUGCAUGUAAGACAAUGUAGGUUUCAUGUGUUGAAGUGAUAAUAUACAUUCUACAUGCGUUUACCAUAAUUGUAAAAGCAAAAACUUAAACCGAAUCAAAUCCUCUAUAAAGGCGGAUAUUUGUACUUCCCAAGUACCAUGUUAAAUCUCACACAUAUCAUAACGAGUAUAUCGAACAGUGAGUCAAGGUCGAAGCAUGCGAAUAAAGUCGACGUUUGAUUUGAAAUAACGUUCUUGUUGUUGUUGAUUCUUAGGUAUCUGAUAGAUAGCUUGUUUCCCCACCUGGUGUCUUCAAUGAUUUUCAAUUAUCCAUUCGUAUAAUAUCACCGCUAUUUUACCUUUAACGUUCAAUGGAAUGUGUUUCGCCAGGUAAUCGAGACUGUGUUCUCCGGCGUUGACGUUUUAGGUCUUGUUGAUCAUGCAAAGGGAUACACACGUGUGCACAAUUUGUCAGCAAUGAGUUAUUAUCAUAGAGCGUUAUCUUGAGUAUUAUCCUCUUGACAUCAGAGUUUGUAAAAUCUAAAAUCAGCGAAUACCUUCAGCAUUUAUUGUAAUUCGGCAUUAUAUGUGUCCAUAAGACAAUAAGCGCUAUUAUCAACCAAUAUAUGGGAGGAAGUUUGAUAACGUCGUUGCUAAAUCAACCGUUUUUCAAAUUCAGAAUUUGCCAAACUAUUUUCUUUCUUCCCAUAAAUGAUUACCACAUGACUGAUAACUUCCAACUCCCAUUUAAGACUAGUUUUAAUGGGGAGAAAAUUCAGGUGUUUAAUUUCAACCUUUUCUAUUCUCCCCUGGCGUCGACCCAACAUCACGAGCGCAACAAAUUAUGAGACUUUGGGCAUUCCUUUACACGUAGGGCGAUUAUUGCGGUGUGACCUUUGUCUACCGCCUGUCUAGCCAUAUCAAUGUCAGCUCAACCAAAACCUCAUAGUGAUACGUGUGGGUUCGGGACGGAAGUUGAAUGGUAAAUGUUCCCGUAAGUUAAACAUGGAUGCUGACAAGCUGCCCAAUGGAAGUCUUCAUAUUAACGACUAUGAAAAAUAUUUCAACAAAACUGCUAGACGAUUAACAUCCUCGAUGUUGGGGGGAGCCGUGAACUAUUUUGGGUCGGACCUACUGUAUCUGGCCGGAGGACUUCCAAACUCGGACAUGUUCCUGAUCACAGCGGCAAAGAUAAAACUAAGAGAUGGUCGAACCGUAAACAUAGCUGACGAUGAGAUGGAAGUGGCACUCCAGUACAACAAGAGUGCGGGGAAACCCGAAAUGCUUAAAUGGCUAACUGAGUUGAUGCGACGUCUCCACGAUCCACCUACACUCCCUUCUCAUGGCGUCUCCCCUUCAGCAAACAGCGACAUGAUCACAAUCUCCACGUAUGGUUGUACUGAGGCCAUUAGCAAGAUCAUAGGACUGGUGUUGGAGGAAGGGGACUCGCUGCUGGUCGAGGAAUCAACUUACUCCACGGUUAUGAAUGUGAUUGAACCACUGGGUUGCAAACCAGUGACUGUCAAGAACGACGCAGAUGGAUUGAUACCCUCGGAUCUUAGUAACAUCCUGAUUUCCUGGAACGAGGCUGUAUCCGGGCCUCGGCCAAAACUCCUAUACUGUGUUCCGGUUGGUGGAAAUCCGACAGGUGCCAACCUCACUUUGAAGAGAAAGAAGGAGGUUUAUGCUUUGGCGAGAAAAUACGACCUGUUAAUCAUCGAAGACGACCCGUACUAUAUGCUCCAAUUUACAAGGCCUCUCAUACCCAGCUUGCUGUCAUUAGACGUAGAUGGGCGUGUCCUCAGAUGUGACUCUUUCUCUAAAAUGCUAGCUGCUGGUGCAAGGAUUGGGUAUUUGAGCGGUCCAAAACAGUUCCUGGAAAAAUUCAUUGAAUGGAAGGACGUAAAUGCUUUCCCAAACAGCCUAGCAGAGACCAUCGUAUGGAAAGUCUUGCAGAACAUGGGGCAUGAUGGCUUCAUUGAACAUGGGUGCCGUGUUGCCAACUUCUACCACAAGAGGUCACAACAUGCUUCACGGAUAGCUGAGGCAUAUCUUAAAGGUUUGGCGGAGUGGUCUGAUCCUGUGGCUGGGAUGUUCCUGUGGAUGAAGCUACUGGGUGUAGAGGACUCCAGACCCAUCUGUCAGAAGCUGAUCCAGAAAGGGGCUGUAGUGGUUCAGGGACACAUCUUCUGUCCUGCCUCGGUGAACUCCCCUUAUAUCAGAGUAUCUUACUCUUAUGCGUCAGAGGAAGAUUUGGCCAAGGCCUUCUCCUGGCUGGCCGAUAUCCUUAAGGAACAAUCGAAACAAUGAAGAGCAUCCUAUGAUUUGGAAAAUAUCUAUUUGGAAAGAGAAUGUAUAUUGAACCAUCUAGUUUGUACUUUACAUACAUGUACACUUGUACGUAUAAAUACAUAAAAUUGUUUGAUUCAUGUGGUAUUCAUUUUUGGUAAAUAUUACCUGUAAAAUGUAUCAUCACUUUGAAAUAGAAAAUCGUCAGUGUAUUACAUUGAUACCAAUCCUUUUUCCCCCUUGAUGCCGAGCGUCAGGAAGUGUGACAAGUUCCAUCCUUCAAGGCGACAUUCCACUCUCUGGUCAGACACCAUGGGAGAAGUGAACAGAGGAAUGAAUAUUAGGUACAUGGGUAUUGUAAUUAUCACAAAAAUGUACCAUAAAAAUGCAAUAAACCAUCCUAUUAUUUACAAUUGAA